UUGCCUUUUUGUUAAGCACGCUACCCGCCCUAUGCAGCUAUGCUGGUGGGCAGGCCAUCCGGGCCCCACACUUGUCUAGGCUGGGGACACCACUACUCCCAUCCUAGGCCUGUGUAAAUUAAAAAAAAAAAAAGACUACUCGCCGUUAAAUCCGGCCCAACCCGUCCGUUAAAUUCGGAUUCAACUAAACAGCAGGUUGGACCCUAUUUUAUCGGGCGAAACAACAGCCCGUCCAUUUUCUCGUUCACUGUUCUUCUCCUUCCUUGCUUCAUUCUCUCUUUUGUGCUCUGCAAUGCCUUUCCUGCCCACCAUAACUUCCCUUUCCGCCACCGCCACCCUCGCUUUGCCAGUCACAAUUACAGAGAUGCUCUCACCAAAUCAAUCCUCUUCUUUGAAGGCCAGAGGUCUGGGAAGCUCCCUUAUAACCAGAGGAUCACUUGGAGGAGUAACUCUGGGCUCUCAAUGGCUUAGCCAUGCAUUACGUAACACCACCUUCUGUUGAUUUGGUUGGAGGCCGGUACUACGUCGAUGCUGGGGACAAUGUGAAGUUUGGGUUCCCUCUGGCUUUCACCACCACUAUGCUUUCAUGGAAUGUUAUAGAGUUUGGUGGGUUAAUGAAAGGUGAGUUACAGCAGAACACCAAAGAAGCCAUUCACUGGGCUACAGAUUACCUUCUCAAAGUGACUGCACAUCCAGACACCAUUUAUGUCCAGAUUUGUAUUAUCUGCUCCGCAUCGUCACAUUUCUGCUUCUUUUUUGUCUUAGCAAAUGGGCAUUUCUACAAACAAAAGCGAACUCAAAAUCAUCCUCUCCCUCGCCAUCAGUAUUGUCUCUGCCUUCUUCUUGUUGUUUUUGCAGCUGUUGCUGCUGCAGAGGUCUGGUGUUUAAGGUUUCUUGGGAUUGGAGAGGCGGAUUUUCUGGAGCGCAGGCAAAGAUAUAAUCAACAUCUGAGUUGUAUUCAUGGCGAAGUUCCUCAAUUGUUCUUCAGUUUUACCCGUAUACGUCUGGAGCGUUCUAUGAAGCCACACGUAAAAAUCAUAAGAAAUAGAGUAAAACUGCUACCUACGACGUACAUCUUACGUGCAUUUGGAUAUGCCGAGGAAAGAAAUAGCAUAUUCCAGCACAAUUCUGUAGAGGUUCCAUUCUCAUUUCUUCAUGGCCUCGUGGUCCCAGUUUCCUCUCACCAUCAGUCCUCUACUGAAGGCGAAGUAGUUGACAGUAUCUUCAUCACAUAUUUGUAG